AUGGACGUGGUAGAAUUGGAAGCGAAUCUCUUCUCACGUCCAUCACCACAAGAUAUCAAAUCCUCCUGGCAAACUCUCUUCUCAGACCCGUUACUAUCACUUUCAAAACUCAAAUCCUCCGCCCUCUCUUCAACUGGAAUAGGUCCCUCCAUACCAUCAACCCAAGAAACGAAUCCAUUCAUACCAGAAGGAACCGUCUUACUCCGUUCUGUCCAUUGGAGGAUAUAUCAUUCACUUCUUCCAACUCCAACAUCAUUAGACUUAUUCCCUCCUUCUUUGGAAGUAAGCAGGGCCACAUAUACUUCUUUACGUAGGAAAUUCUUAUUAGCUCCAGAUGGUAGAUGGGCAAAUGAUUGUUCUCUUUUAUUUGGAGAUCUUCCAGGUCAUCCCUCUCAAUCGAGUCAUCAUGGGAAAGAUCAAUCUGGUUUUUCUGAAGAAGAGAAGAUUGAUCAUAGGAAAUUUAAGAAUGAUAGGAAGGAAGGUACACAGGGAGCUUGGGAUCCAUUAAGUUUAGAUGGGAGUAGUCCUUGGAAAACAUGGUUUGCCCAUUUAGAAUUACGCGGUACGAUCAGACAAGAUGUUGAGAGGACUUUUCCUGAUAUUCCUUAUUUCAGAGGAGAAAGAGUGAGAAGGAGUUUGACUAGUGCUUUGUUCCUUUGGUCGGUCUUGAAUCCUGACGUGGGGUACAGACAGGGUAUGCACGAACUUCUAGCCGUUUGUCUUCUAGCGGUAGAUUUAGACUCUCUCGACUCGGACGAUAUCACAGAGAAUGGUACUAUGGCGGAUGCCAUGCGAGCUACUUUGGACAGAAGAUAUGUCGAACAUGACGCAUUUGCUAUCUUUCAAAAUCUCAUGCGGAAUGCUAAAUCAUUCUACGAGUGGAGAUCUGAAGAAGGUCCUGUGAGGGUACCGAAGAUAAGAUCACCUACGGCAGCCCCAGCGCCUAUAAUCACUCGAUGUAAUUAUAUACAAAAUUCUUUGUUACGACGUGUCGACCCCCAACUACGUGAGACUUUGGACAAGGAGGGUGUGGAAGGGCAACUGUAUCUCAUACGCUGGAUACGUCUGCUAUUCACCCGAGAACUCCCUUUCGGUCUAGCUAUGAGAUUAUGGGAUGGAGUUUUUUCUGAGGAUCCUUCUUUAGGUCUGUUGGAUUAUAUUUGUAUUACCAUGCUUUUGCUCAUACGUAACGAACUCAUCGAUGCUGAAUACCCAACAUUACUCACUCAUCUCUUGCAUUUCCCUUCACCAUCCCCGACAUAUCCCUUCCAACCUCAUCUCAUCAUUUCUCAAGCUUUAUUCCUUCGCAAUACCACAUCUCCUGCUGGUGGUGUGGAGGUCGUGCUCCAAAACCGAGAUUUGCUCGGGAUCAAAGUCAAGCCUCCAGAUCAAUCUCCAUGGACACCUCAUACUGGUUCUGCCGGACCGCCAAGAUUGCGUCCAACAGGAUUAGCACAAGGUCUUUACGCUCGUGCUCAAGCGGCAGGAUGGGAUACUGCUAUUCUCUCUGCCGUUGGAGAUCUUCGGAAGAAUUUACCCGAUUCAGCUACAGCUUACUCUUACCUACCUGCUCUCCCAUUUUCUCCUUUAUCAGCUCCUAUUCGAGAUCCAUACUCCACCAUCCCGUCCACUUCUGCUCUCAUCCGUCCCACUGGACAGAUUUCAACCUCUCCUUUCAGUCCCACACCACGAAUGACCUCACGUGGAUCGGUGGACAGUUCAGUGUCAAUAAAGUCGUUGAGAGAUGCUGAGAGAGAUCUGGCGGAACUGAGAUUGGCCAUGUUGGGAAUGGGUAAGGCCAUGUCAGGCUGGGUGGAUCGUUUGAAGACGAAGCCGCAGGAUGAGGAGGCUUGGAAAGGUUUGGAGAGGGUCAGAGAUGGACUUUUGGAUGCUGCUGGGAAAGAAGUUGAGGAAAUCGUUGGGGAAUGGGGUUGGAACGAAGGUUUGGAAUCGAGGAGCACGACACCGAUACCUUCCAGUUAUAAACCGAAUUCACGACCUACGCCUCUGCCUCUGGAUGAGAAUCAUCACAGAGGGACAGUUCAUUCAACUCCAGGAGUGGAUGGCGAGAAAACCCCCACACAACCGAAUUUACCUGUGAUGUCACCUGCGACAACGAAUAUGCCUCAAGCAACGAUGAAUGGAAAGUCGGAGAAAGCUGGUAGAGUGGCAAUUACCCAACCUACCUCAAGAAGCCCACCCAAAAAUGUCGUAUCCUCCCCUUCUACCAUAAUCAACGAAAGACUUGCCCCACCAUCCUCGACAUCAUUUUCCCGUGCCGAACCGCCCCCUCAACCACGCCCAAAUCCCAUCAUGGUCCGGGAUGAGUGGCAGGAAGACCCAGUCGUCCGACCAAGCAAUGAGCUUGUGGCGAAGCCUGAUCCACUGGCUGGACUAGGAACGACCACAUUGAUUCCUACUCGACCAGCUCAGAAGAUUCAGGAUUCGAGUCGUGUGAAAAGUACAGUUGCGGAUCCUCUUGGCGCAGGUGGGUGA